CUGAGCUGCGGGUCCGCGUGCGGCUGCCCGAUGGCCAGGUGACCGAGGAGAGCCUGCAGGCGGACAGCGACGCCGACAGCAUCAGCCUGGAGCUGCGCAAGCCCGACGGCACCCUGGUCUCCUUCACCGCCGACUUCAGGAAGGACGUGAAGAUCUUCCGGGCCCUGAUCCUGGGGGAGCUGGAGAAGGGGCAGAGUCAGUUCCAGGCCCUCUGCUUUGUCACCCGGCUGCACCACAAUGAGAUCAUUCCCAGUGAGGCCAUGGCCAAGCUCCGACAGAAAAAUCCACGGGCGGUGCGGCAGGCCGAGGAGGUGCGGGGUCUGGAGCAUCUGCACAUGGAUGUCGCCGUCAACUUCAGCCAGGGGGGCCUGCUGAGCCCCCAUCUCCGCAAUGUGUGUGCCGAGGCCGCGGAUGCCAUCUACACCCGCCAGGAGGACGUCCGGUUCUGGCUGGAGCAAGGUGUGGACAGCUCCGUGUUCGAGGCGCUGCCCAAGGCCUCAGAGCAGACGUGGCUGCCUCGCUGCGGGCAGGCGGGGGACCGCGGGAAGCCCUGCGUGUGCCGCUACGGCCUGAGCCUAGCCUGGUACCCCUGCAUGCUCAAGUACUGCCACAGCCGCGACCGCCCUGCGCCCUACAAGUGCGGCAUCCGCAGCUGCCAGAAGAGCUACAGCUUCGACUUCUACGUGCCCCAGAGGCAGCUGUGCCUCUGGGACGAGGACCCCUAGCCCCGCCGGGUGAGCGGUGGUCCCUGGGGCCGCGGCUCUGGGCCGGCUGCUCCGCCCCCUGCCGCUGGAGGGGGCCAGCCCGAAGAGGCAUUCCUGCUCUUCCGCCCUUCCUCUAGUCCCACAGCCCCUGACCCCCUCACUCACGACUGUGAAAACGGGUGUGGCAGGGCAGGGGUUAACUCAUGAAGGCAGCCCCCACCCCCACCCAGUGCCUUCCUUGGGGACAGAGGGAGAAGGGGGCUCUCCAAGUGUGGCCCUCCCUUCAUCUCGCCUGAAGUGUUCUCUUUCAAGCACCAAAAUGUGAUGGCCUGUGACUCUCCUGCUUAACUCUUUGAAGGUUUAGACCGUGGAAGGUGUCUAUGCUGAUUACACCCACCUCCCCACACACCCCCACCCACCACCGCCCUACCAUCCGGAAGGUGCACCUCCCCCACCUUCCCGCUGCCCAGCAACGAGGGGGUCAUUGCCCCAGAGAGAGGGCUGUCUGUCGGGAAGAUGCCACAGCCCCUACAGCAGAUCUCAGUGCGUCCCUCUCACUCCUGGCCUCCAACACCCUCCGGGGGACAGGUGGGUGCCCCCCACCCCACCACCCUGAGACAGACCACAUGUGCCUUUCCUCAGACCUGGACUUUGCCACGGAGCAGGCGUUGGCUUCCCCCCUCCCCUAAAACAGAAAUAUUUUUGUAAGGUUCUGGGGCAGGGAGGGAGCAUGAAGUAUGAGGAAGACUUGAAUUCCAGAUUUUUAAUGCAAAGUAUUUAUCAUUUGUACCAGAAAUAAAAGUUUAAAUUUUUACUUGA